AUGGAGCGGUCGUCCUCAAUCGUAGUCAAAAAAAGCAGCUCGUCGAUAUCCAGCUUGUUUUCCAGAGAGGACAGGCCGCUACUCCCCCGCCCAGCCCAACAGAUAUCGCGGAUUCGCGUACGGGCACUUCUGGGCAAUUCCUUGUAUCGGAGAGUCCUCUUCUGGACUUUCGGCUUUCUCACUUUGCUAGGUCUUGCCCUGAGGUUGACCGAGCCCCGCCUCUUGAGGGAAAGAGUGCAUGAUCUGACCGAGUUCCAUUACAAUGCGAAGAGCCGCAAUGAUUGGGGCAGUGGAUCGAGGACUGUCACAGUGUUGACGGCCGGGGCUGAGGAACCAGAGGUGCCACCCUGGAGCCCAGACAUGCUGAAUUGGCUACGGUUCAGGCAUCUCGAUGGCUUCUUCCUUGGCCUCAAAGCCUUGGUGCCAGCUAGCGAGUACAGGCCGGAGCACCCUAGGGUGAGCGGCGAGGAAUCACCGUACCCCUUCACCAUCUCCUACACCGGUUUACCCACCCCAACGCCAUUUAUUCCACAACCGGAUUACGAGUCGGCAAAGUACAGGUCUCAGUAUCACGAGGUCGAACCCUGCUACCUCGACAAGGACCAGAAGAUCCGCGUUCCUGAUAUAUACGCCUAUCAGGGUAUCGUCCAGGGCCAGUCGGAGCCCAUCAUCGGCUCGCAUAGCCUUCUGGGACUGCGGGACGAUGUCUGUUUCGACAGAUUCGGAAGAUACGGCCCCUACGGUUUGGGCUACACCUUCGAGGCAGGAGGUGUGGAAGUCGGCAUGGACACGGAGCGGGAAGGGAGCGAAGCUGUGUGGGCCAAGACCGGCAAGAUCAACUACGACAAUAUCGACUGGGCCGAUGCACAGACCCGAUGCUAUGAAUCCAACAAACAGCGUUUCGUUAACCCUUAUGGUUCUAGCGAACCGGUCCCAGCGAAAUUGGCCACACGCUACGGACGGCCCAAGCACAAGCACAAGAUCACACGAACUGCCGUCGUAAUCCGGGCAUACACGGGCUACCAAUGGACGCACCACGCACUCCUCAACUUUCGAGCCAUGAUCUCGGAACUCGCUCUCCGCUCGGGAGGAGAGUAUGGUGUUCAUUUCCUGCUCCAUGUUCGGGACGACAACGAGGCCAUCUGGGCGGAUCCGGCAACGGGUCAACGAAUCCUCGACGAGAACAUGCCUAGGGAGUUCCACGGCCUCUGCACCCUCUGGUCCGAGGACCAGAUGCGCUUGGUCUACCCGGGCGGGUUCGGGAACACUUUCUCCAACCCAAGCGGUCAGGACAUCCACGGCGUCUACCGAAGCGCGCACAUGCCCCUCCAGGUCUUCGCCAUGAAUCACCCCGAGUACGAGCACUUUUGGAACUGGGAAUUGGACAUGCGCGUCCUCGGCAACUACUACGAGCUGUUCGACCGCCUCGGGAAAUGGGGCCGGCAGCAGUCCCGCGUGGAAGCGUGGGAGCGCUCGGCAAAGUACUACAUCCCUCGGUACCACGGAAGCUGGGACAACUUCACGCGGGUCGUCCACGACGAGACGAAGGCCAGCGGCCGCCCGGCUGUCUUCGGGCCCGUCUCCUUCCCCGGCCGCGUGCCCCUGCGCUCCGAGCUCGGCGGGCAGAGCUUCGUCCCCGCCUCGUGCGGCCGCCGCACCGACCAGACCCGCUGCGGCGUGGGCGAGGACGCGGACCUGAUCACGCUGAACCCGCUCUUCGACGCCGAGAACUCGGGCUGGGUGUUCGCGUCGGACGUGACGGGUUACCCGAUCGACCAGCCGAUCCCGCCCCGCCGGUCCUCCAUCAUCACGGCCUCGCGCCUCAGUCGCCGGCUGCUGGCCGUUAUGCACGAGGAGACGUGGCGGAUGCGCCACGCAAUGUUCAGCGAGAUGUUCCCCGCCACCAUGGCGCUGCACCACGGCCUCAAGGCCGUCUACGCGCCCCACCCGGUCUGGAUCGACCGCGAGUGGGACCUGCACGCCGUGGACCGGGCAUUCAACGGCGGCCGCGACGGGUCGGCCGGUGGGCCGGGGAGCCCAUUUGACCUGCGCAACGAGCACAACCACAAGGGGACGAGCUGGUACUACAACGCCGAGUUUGCGGGCCUGUUGUGGCGGCGCUGGCUGGGCUACGCGCAGUAUGACGGGCGGGGGCCGGACGGCGGCCGCGACGGGGCCGGCGAGCUGAGGGGCGGCGUGAAGGAGGAGGAGAGGGCUGAUAGUACGGGGCGGAUGUGCUUGCGGACCAUGCUAGUGCAUCCGAUCAAGUGGGAGCAUCCUAGCGAGAUGGAGGGCUAUUACAAGGGUUGA